AACCAAACAAAAACACCGAGUCUGGCAAGGAAAGCUGGGGCUCUCAGAGGCCCUUUGCGGCGGGUUUUCGGGACUAUGAGUGACUGUAGAGCCGCAGAUGUCUUAUGCUCUGGUGUUGUUGUCUUCACAGCGGCCUGAAGGAAAUUGUCUGGGAUUCCUGUUUUCCCCAAAGGGGCUCGGAGCCGCUUUCAAUGCCGCGGGACUGAAGAGCAAACGCCUGGCGUUAUUAUGUCCAUUUUCCGAGGACCCGGGUUUGCAGCGAGGAAUCGAAGAAAAGGUUGGCUCCUCUGGGGUGCCUCUGGCAUUUGAUACUCGGAGGCCCCCAGGAUUGCCCAAAUUGCCGUGGAUCAGCAGCUUUGCUAUACUCAAGAAAAUAUUUUCAUUUCGCAGCUCUGGUCUUUUAACUACCAUCUGUACGUUCUCUCCGGCGCAAAGACUUCAGCCUCUUCAAAGUAUGCUUUAUGUUUUUGUCAAAUAUGAUCUCUAAUUGAAAGUUUAUUUUGGUUUUGGAUGAAUCUGUGGAGCUUACGCUGUAAGAAAAAAGGGGGAAGGAGACACAAUGAAAGAGAAGUCCAAAAAUGCUGCCCGGACUAGGAGGGAGAAGGAAAACAGUGAAUUUUAUGAACUGGCUAAAUUACUGCCUUUGCCCUCGGCUAUCACCUCGCAGCUGGACAAAGCAUCCAUAAUCAGACUCACCACCAGCUAUCUCAAAAUGAGAGUGGUGUUCCCAGAAGGCCUCGGCGAGGCGUGGGGCCACUCGAGUCGGACCAGCCCUCUGGACAACGUGGGCCGCGAACUGGGCUCCCACCUGCUUCAGACCCUAGAUGGUUUCAUCUUUGUGGUGGCCCCAGAUGGGAAAAUCAUGUACAUCUCGGAGACAGCCUCAGUCCACCUGGGUCUUUCUCAGGUAGAACUGACCGGGAACAGUAUUUAUGAAUACAUUCACCCGGCUGAUCACGAUGAGAUGACCGCGGUACUCACAGCCCACCAGCCCUACCACUCUCACUUCGUGCAGGAAUACGAGAUCGAGCGCUCUUUUUUCCUGAGGAUGAAGUGCGUCUUGGCCAAGAGGAAUGCGGGCCUCACCUGUGGUGGCUACAAGGUCAUUCACUGCAGCGGCUACCUGAAGAUCCGACAGUACAGCCUGGACAUGUCGCCCUUCGACGGCUGCUACCAGAAUGUGGGCCUGGUGGCUGUGGGCCACUCGCUGCCACCCAGCGCUGUUACGGAGAUCAAACUGCACAGCAAUAUGUUCAUGUUCCGCGCCAGUCUGGACAUGAAGCUCAUCUUUCUGGACUCCAGGGUGGCAGAGCUGACGGGGUAUGAGCCUCAGGACCUGAUUGAGAAGACCCUGUACCACCACGUGCACGGCUGCGACACCUUCCAUCUGCGCUGCGCGCACCACCUGCUGCUAGUGAAGGGGCAGGUGACCACCAAGUACUACAGAUUCCUGGCGAAGCAUGGCGGCUGGGUGUGGGUGCAGAGCUACGCGACCAUCGUGCACAACAGCCGCUCGUCCAGGCCACACUGCAUCGUCAGCGUCAACUACGUCCUCACAGACACAGAAUACAAAGGGCUGCAGCUCUCCCUGGAUCAGAUCUCAGCCUCCAAACCAGCCUUCUCCUACGCCAGCAGCUCUACCCCCACCAUGACUGACAACAGGAAGGGGACCAAGUCCCGGCUCUCCAGCUCAAAGUCAAAAUCCAGGACUUCCCCGUACCCUCAGUAUUCAGGAUUUCACACGGAAAGAUCUGAAAGUGAUCAUGACAGCCAGUGGGGUGGAAGUCCUCUGACAGACACAGCCUCUCCGCAGCUCCUGGACCCCACCGACAGGCCCGGCUCACAGCAUGACACGUCGUGUGCCUAUAGACAGUUCUCAGACCGCAGCUCUCUGUGCUACGGCUUUGCACUCGACCAUUCCAGGCUGGUGGAAGAGAGGCAUUUUCAUACCCAGGCCUGUGAGGGGGGCCGGUGUGAAGCAGGCAGGUACUUCCUGGGAACACCACAGGCUGGGAGGGAGCCCUGGUGGGGCUCUCGAGCAGCCUUGCCCCUAACCAAGGCCUCCCCAGAGAGCAGAGAAGCCUAUGAAAACAGCAUGCCUCACAUCGCCUCAGCCCACAGGAUCCAUGGGCGAGGUCAUUGGGAUGAAGAUAGUGUGGUCAGUUCUCCAGACCCCGGGUCUGCCAGCGAAUCAGGUGACCGAUAUCGCACUGAGCCGUACAGUAGCCCACAUGAACCUAGCAAAAUUGAAACUCUGAUAAGAGCCACCCAGCAAAUGAUUAAAGAAGAAGAGAACAGAUUACAGCUAAGGAAAGCACCCCCAAAUCAACUAGCUUCGAUCAAUGGAGCUGGGAAAAAACACUCCCUCUGUUUUGCAAACUACCAGCAGCCCCCACUGACAGGUGAGGUCUGUCAAGGCUCUGCUCUUGCCAAUACUUCACCAUGUGACCACAUCCAGCAGAGAGAGGGAAAGAUGCUGAGCCCCCAUGAAAAUGAUUAUGACAACAGCCCCACUGCAAUGUCUCGGAUAAGUAGCCCUAAUUCGGAUCGCAUUUCAAAAUCCAGUUUGAUCCUUGCUAAAGACUAUCUACAUUCAGAUAUAUCGCCUCAUCAGACAGCAGGAGACCAUCCUGCCGUCUCUCCAAACUGCUUUGGCUCUCACCGGCAGUAUUUUGAUAAGCACGCUUACACAUUAACUGGGUAUGCCCUGGAGCACUUAUAUGACAGCGAAACCAUUAGAAACUAUUCCUUGGGCUGUAAUGGCUCACACUUUGAUGUAACUUCCCAUCUAAGGAUGCAGCCAGACCCUGCACAAGGACACAAGGGAACAUCUGUUAUAAUAACCAAUGGAAGCUGAUGUUUUUCUACAAUAUUUUGUUCUUUAAGGAUCUCUGAAACAUAUUUAUGUUUGGAUGCCCUGUUACCAGCAUUUACUAUGCCACAGAUUAUUAGAAAGGAUAACCUAAGUUACUGGGUAUUUGACAUGUGUUCAUGUAAAAACAAAGAAAAUUAGCACUAGUAUUCAGAGUUAUACGCAGAUAACAGAGCUAAAGUAAAUACACAAAUUGCCCCUCUAAUUAUAUGGGAAGUAGAAUAGAUAAAUUCUGAAUUGAAAAAUACUCAUGUAGUUCAAGUGGUCAGUCUGUACAUCCCGUGAAAGGACUGAUAGAUGACAACAUUGCAUCAUGACGAUCUAGUGAACAUCACACACUCAGACUGCUAUUCCCAACUGCUGUGUACACUUCACAUGUAGAAAUACAGAAUCUGUGCCAUAAAAUACACCAAAAGUAUGUAACUUUUCUUAACCCUAGCCUUUUAGGCUUCUAAAUGUUGUAAAGAAAUUUCUGUACCCAAAAUUACUAAGAAAGAGAGAGAGAGAGAUACAUCUUGUGAACUACUUUCUUUGUGGUUUCAACCAGUGAGCUCAUUUGGCUGAGGCAUAAAUUAAGGAAAUCGUUCUGGAUAUGGUACAAAAAUGAAUUCUCACCUGGUAUCCAUUAUCAGCAAUCAGGAAGUGGUGAUUUUUCACCUUACUUUGGAGUUCGACAAGGAACAGUUGCAUUGACAUAGCAGUAAGGGCUUUGCUAAGUAGAAGCACUGAGACGUUGGGACACACAUCAAAAACCUCAAUUGGUGUGCUCAACUGAAAGUAGUUUAGUGAAGGUGCAAAUACUGUAGGCAGAGAAAAAUGAAACAAUAUCUAAAAACAAACAAUUUAAGGCUCAGAAUAUGUGUGCCACAUAGUAAUCAACACAUUCGGGGCUUAUAAAACCAACCAAACAAAAAAUUCAAACCAAUUCCCCAAGAAAAAAAUGCUGAUAAGCAAGUUUGAAAAAUAACCAAGGGAAACCAGGCAAGUCCUACAUCACAGCAGUCUAAGUGUCUGAAAACGUUUCAAAGCACAGAUGUGCAAAUGUGACAACAUGUGGAACGCCUCAGGAGAGAGUCUAAGAUAAAAGCUUAGGCUGGUAGACAAGUGGUUAAAAGGGGCAAGAGUAGUACUCUGAUGGAAGGAACAGGCAAAGUGUUCAUUUUCCUUAUUGUUUGUAGACAAACACAGACUUGUGGUAUAGUAGAGAGACCAGCAAGACUAGAUAUCAAGAUAUCUGGGUUCCAGUUCUGACCCUGUCUGUAAUUUAUUUUGUGACCAUAGGUGCGUUACUUAUUACAUCUAAAUGAUGUUUCCUGAUCCGUAAGGAAGCUUCAAAAUUCCGUGGUUCUGCGGUUCACUGAUGCCUCAGAACUGAACUUGUUACCUAGUUAAUGCUCUGCUGUGAGUUGUUGAGACUGAUCAUGCUGGCUUUUCUGCACUCACACGGAAGUUUAGAUGCCUUGUAAUUCAAGCAGGUGCAUGGGCUUUUUUUGGCAUUUAUAGCUAUGGCCAGAGCCCUGGUGGUACGGUGGUUAAAGCAUUUGCUAACUGAAAGGUUGGCGGUUCAAAUCCACCAGCCGCCCCUUGGAAACCCUAUGGGGCAGUUCUACUCUGUCCCGUAGGGUUGCUAUGAGUCAGAAUUGACUCGAUGGCAAUGGGUAUAAAAAAAAAAUGGGUAUAGCUAAGGCUAAAUUUCUAGAUUCAGCCAAACAGUAGAUAGUAGAAACUGAUGAGAGAGAGGAAAAAUAAGGAGGAUUUAUUAAUUAUACUAGUCUUUAGUAAUCAAAGCAAAGUGACAUAAAUGAUUAGAGAAGUUUCAUAGAUAAUAUUUCCUAGGAGUCCCAUGCCUGAAACUCUUGCCAUAUUUGAGGAGGGGGAUGUACUAAAAGAACUUGACUUAUAAUUUUGAAAACAGAGCACGACAUUGAACUCUCAGGGAUUAGUACUAUAUUUUCAUCAGUUAACACAGUUAUUUGAGAGUCCAUAGGUAAGUGACAAUCUGAAAAAUGAUAAUUGAGAGAUAAGCACUGGGCUAUUUGUACAUGAGAGAGAAGGCUUCAUAAAAUUAAAUACUUCUUGGGUAUGACAGAGCAACAUUUGUGCAGUAAAUGGGAAAAAGUGCAAGCAAGUGAGAAACUAAGUGCUUCUAAUAUGUUCUUUCAAAAAAGCUCAAAGCACAAUAAGAAAUUCUGAAUUAUAAAAGCAACUAUUCAGCAAUUUUGAGAAAAAUUUGUGAGGAACCAUUGGAAUACUUAAAAUGGAUUUUUGAUCAGUUUGCAACAUGAAGUAAGGUUUUAGGAAUGCUAAAGUUUUUAUAGAAUUGUGUAGAUGGAUAAAUGGUUCAAAGACAUAAAUAUCUGAAAAAUAUGACAUAUUUUGGAAAGAAAACUAUACAGAUGGGCUUUACUGAUGGAUAUACAUUAUACCAACUAUCUCAGGGACAGAUGCUAGAAGAGAGGAAAUUUAAGAAUCAAGGAAAAUGAACUGAUAUUAAAAAAAAGACUUUCACAAAAGGAAUUUCAGUGGCAUUUUUCCAUGGAAGGUAGUUAAUUGGUGGAAGAAAUAAAUUAUGAAUUCCAUAAAUAGGGGGUUACUGGAAGGAUAAUGCUCUUUAAAAUGGUGUGACCAACACUUUGAAGGGAAGAAAAUUAACCAAAUUAUAUCUUGAUUAAAAACUUUUGGUAGAUUGACCCAGUUUUAAAUAUAUAGCCAUUCAUUUGAUUUACUGAAUGUCAAUAAUUUUAUAAUGCCUUAAAGGCCCACAAUAUUACAUACCGUACUUUUUUUCUCUCAAUAUGGCAUACUUAUUGUAAAAUGACCCAUAAUAAGUUAAGACGUUUAUGACAAGAUACCUUCUUAAUAUGCACAUACCCAAAAAACUAAACCCAUUGCCGUUGAGUCGAUUCUGACUCAUAUGUUAAAAAGUAUUUAUAAUCCACAUUAUUUUCUUCUGUGCAGGAACAUAUUUCCUCCAAAUGCAGAUAUAUCAUGUGUCUUUAAUACGGAAUAUAAAAUAAAUGUGCCCAAUAACUUAGUUAAAACUAAACUAAAAUUGGCUUUAGUUUUAAUCUUUGAUUUCCAUAACUUUGCUAAAUGCUGAGAACUAUGACACUUGAUUGAAACAGCAAGAGAAGUAUGAUUUUUAUUCACCGGGAAGAUUCAUAAAAAUGUGCUAUAUCCAAUUAUCAGUACAAUAUGUAUCAAUUCAUUAGAUGUAACAAAGCUCACACUUUCUAGUAAUAGUGAGAAUAUCCUUAUGACUCCAUUUUACCUGCCCUAUCUAAUUUAAAGAUUUGAGUAACCUAAGAAAUAAAUGAAUACGUCUCCUGUCUUCUUUGAAGAAAAUUUUUUUUUGUUAAAACUAUUAUUGAGAAUAUAGUCAGAUUGGAUGUAUUAUUUUUAAAUGCAUAAUGUUAAUGUCACAAUCACUACAGGUCAGACAUUUAGGUGUGCUUUUAAAUCCACAAGUCUUUUGACAUACUAUAUUGAAUAUAAUGUGCUAGCUUUUCUAAACUAUAAUUGCUUGAUGCUGAAUAACAUGACGCAGUGUUAAUGUGACAUUCAAAAAGAGUCAGGAUACAAUAAAUGAUUUGCCUUCAGUAUUUAUACAGUAAAACCACUUAUUCUCUCUUGAUUGUAUUUUAUAGGACUGGACUAUUUCCAUUCAGUCCUAUUCUUAAUUCUCUUUACACCCUGCUGCCACGUGCUGCUUCUGGCAGGGAAUCUCACUUAAAAUAAGCUUUAAUGGGAUCUUCUAGACAAGGAAAAAUGCCCCAUUUUUCUUUCUUUUUUUUUUUUUUAAGUGGGGGAUGAGGCUUAGUUCUAAUAGAAUAUCAUUUGGAAAAUAUGCAUAGGUAUUUUAAAAUAAGACAAAGAAUUUUUUUUCAAGAUUUAGACCACAUAAAUUUGAUGGAAGAUGGUGUAGCUAAAGAGACAUUCUGAAUACAGAUUUAAUAUUUUAUAGCUCUCUCUCUCUUUCUAGAGCAGGAUGUUACUAAGAUAUUUGGUGCAAUUCUAUUAGCACUGAUAAUACCUGGGAGUGAUAGUGAACGCUGAUAUUUGGAAAACUGAGUAUUUGGCCGUUUUGGGAUUGCUCACCUUGCCUAGUGGAAUAACUUACACUUUAAUAGCACUCUCUUUGAUUUAAAAAGUUCAAGUGCCCAGAUUUGGCUCUCCAAUUCUCUCAAAUCAUAGGAUGUAGAUACACAUUCUAUUUUCUGAAUGACUUAAUAAAGAAUGUAAAUCAUGUGGUCUCCCAAUUAAGUGACUCACCUUUCAUGUAAACAUAAGGUUUUGUGAAUAGGGGUUUGACUCUAAGACAGCAAUAUCUACUGGCUAGUUCUUACUGGAAAAUGUAUUAUGGAUAAAAUGUUAUCAUUUUAAAUUUGGAAAGAAUCACGGAACAGCUGUGGACACAUGCAAAGAGUAUCAUAUAUAGAAAAUGUUCUUGGGGGGGAAUUUCCAUAUGGUGCUCAUUUCUUGUGCACAAAGUUUGUACGGGUAGUGCUUAACUCAAAAGGUGAGAUUGUGUUCAUUUCCAAACGGGUUUGUUCAGAGUUCCUUCUCUAGGUCUCUAUGAAGAAAGGGUAAUCGUAAAGCAAGUAAUAAGAUUCUAUUCUGCUGUGCUCUGUAAAAACUAAUAGUUCACAUAAAAAUCCUAAAUGAUGAUUUUAAACCAAACAUUUAUAGUUUUAUCUAUUGCAAUCUUGCUGCAUGGGACUUUGCUUUAUAAACCUAUACAGUGGGGGGUUUGUCCUAAUUUGCUGAUCUGGGACACAUUUAUUCACAGUUGAAUUUACUCUGAAGAACCCUGGUGUGUUUACAUUUCAAAGAAAUGAAAUUGACUUGGAAAAAUUUUUAGAAGUACUGUAACUUGUUUUUUUUUUUUUAAUCUAGAGGGAAAUAUUUCAAAAAAUGAAACAUAUGAGCAGGCACUUCAAAAAAGAUAAAAUAUUUUAUGUUUGUUUUUUUGACUGACAUGCUAUAAAAAAGGAUUAUAUUUGUGAAAGAAGUUACUGACUGUCAAUAUUUCAGAUACCAUCUUGCAAUGUAUAGUUUCUAGUGACAUCAUAGUAUAAAUCUGUAAUUCGAACUUUUACUUUGGAAUGUAAAGUAGAAAAUAUUAGUUAUGUCAAUGAUAACUUACAAAGUGUUCCCAUUUAUAAUUAUUUAUAUUGUAAAUAGCUUUCUGAAGUAAAUUUGAAGUUAAUGUGCAUAAAAUGUAUUUAUUAUGUGAGGAAUUUUUUUGGUUUAAAAUAUAGUUGCCAUUAUGCAGUUUCAGUCUGAAUUAUUCAUUGAAAGAAAAUUCUCUAUAGGAAAAAAAUAGCCUGUCAAUUAAAAGGCUAGUACUGUAAGUUAACAAGGACCAUUUUAGCUCUAGAUUCUUUUGGAAUGGGUAACACACACGCGCGCACACACACGCGCACACACGCACGCACAAAACUUUGAGACCUA